AUUGAAAAUUAAGGAAAUAGGUAAUCUCAAUUAACAAUGAAUUCCGAGUUUGACACCGAACAAUUGUUUUCAACACAAACAAUGCAAGAAAAUUUUGCCGAAUUUUUUAAUGAAAAUGAGAUUGAAAUAGCGGCGACACAAGAAAAUUCACAAACGAGUGAGGAAUCUCAAAUUGCAUCCUCACAAUGCUUUGAUGAUUAUGAAGAGACGCAACAACCUCCGACGCAAUAUGAAGAACGCCAAAGACUUCUUAACGACCCAACAAUUCCCAGUCGUGAGAAAUUCUCACAACAUUUUCUAUCACAAUUUCAUCGCCUUAAGAAAAAAGAAAAAUCGCCGCCACCUCCCGAAGUUGAAAUUUCUCAAGAGCAAAUAGAAAUGCUUGAAUAUGCUAGAAGAUGCAUGAUUGCUCAUCCAGACAUUGACCACACUUUACGUACUCCAAAAAACAUUCAAAGACCAAAAGAUGACAUGCCAGAAGAAAUUCGAAACUUUUGCAUAAAAAAAGGAUUUUUAAGAGCAAGCAAAGUUCAAGAAAUGCUCUCACAAGCUUCAUCCAACCGUCGUCACAAUGAAAUCAACUUCUUAACAGAUGACGAAGAUGAAAUUUACGGACUUACUCAAGCUGAACUUGAAGCAAAACAGCGAUUUGGUUCGCCAACCACACAAAAUGUUCUUCACAACAUUGAAGAUGUUGACAGUGAGAUGCUAGCUGUUGUUGAAGAGCAAGAACUUCUUUGCAAAUCCCUCGGAUCACUAUCACAAAUAUUAGAAAGCUCAGCACAAGCUGCUGAAUUUAUUGAAGCGACACUUAGUCAAAGUGUGAAUAGAAACAGCCAAGAACUUGACACGACAAUGAUUGAUUUGGAAACUUUAUCAGAUGACGACGAAGACAAGAAUCAUUUGCCAUGUACUGAAGAACUUGAAGGCGAUUUUAUUAUUUGUCCCUCACAAAAAACUCAAUUAAAUGCAGUUGAAGUUGUCAAACAUUCAGAUUCGUUAGUUUCAAAGUCACCUGAAGAUCACAACAUGACAGGAGUCAAUUUUCUGUUGGAUUCUAGUCAUGAAGAUGAUGAAAAUGAAUUAAAUUUAAGCUCAGGAUUUGUCUCAAUGUUAGAUGGAAGUGAUAAAGUUCAACCGAAGUUUAAUGGAUUUGGUUUUGCAUCGGGGAAAUGUAACAAACUUAAGGAAGAUACAAUAAAUCGUUUCAAGAAUGUUUUUCAUCUAGAAGAUCAGAAAAUGUCACUCGAGUCAGGUUUUGAAGCAAAUGCACCAUGUGAAGAUCAACAACAAUUCAAAACACCAAGUUUUAGUGGCUUUGGAUUUGCAUCAGGUAAAAGUUUUCAAUUUAAUGAAGAUAAAAUGAGAAAGUUGAAGGAAAAGUUUGAUCACGAAAAUGAAAUUCACGACGCUGAAAUUGAAAAGAAUAAACUGACGGAAAUGAAGACACCAGAAGUGACUUUCAAAGUUCCUUCUUUCGUGUCAUCAACGCCAGUCACAUCGAAGUCAAAUGUUGGUGGAUUCUCAAUCGCUUCGGGAAGAAAUGUUCAACUGAAAGCUGAAACAUUGAAAAGAUUUGCUGAUGCUUUUGAUAAGGAAGAUGAAGAGAUAAUGAAGUCAAAUCUUAAGCCGCCAUUAAAGAAGAAUCGUUUGAAUUUUGAAGCGUCUUCGCCUCUGCCUCAAAGCCCACUUGUCAUGCAAAGCUUCAGGAAAGGAAUUUUACAGCACAGCACGCCAUUAGCAACAACAUCACGAGGUUCGAAGACAUCAACGAUAACAGAAAGUCAAGAGAUUUCAAUUUCAAAAGAAUUAUUCGCAUCAAUUGACGAUUCUGAUGACAAUCAAAGUGAAGAUGAAGAAAUUGAACCAAAAAGGAAGAAAACUUGCAUACGAUUGAUAAAUAAAUUCAACGGCAGUUUUGAUUCCAAUUGCAGCUUUGACAUGAACGAACUUGAAUCAUUUGAAAUGCAAAUGAAAAUCACUGAAGAAUUGAAAAGUUUGCGACGAAAAGCGAUUGAAGAAAUGAAAAUUUUAAUUAAGGAAAAACCUCACAGCGAAUGUUUGCCAAUGUUGGGAAGUCUUCGUAGCAAAAAAUCUUCAGAAAAUCGAAGGAAACUGAAGAAUGUCGUUGGAAAUGUUCAAAUUCUCAAUCGACACAACAUCACGAUGCGAAACGUCGUCGAAUUUAUGUUUGAAAUGCGAAAUUACGUGAGCGAAGAAAUUUGUGUUACAGACACUAAUGGAAUCAUCAUUGGCGAUAAUUCUCGAUUAAUUUUCAACGAUCAAUCAUUGGUAGGACUCGAAGAAAUUAAGCUAAGUUUUCUCAUCACACCAGGCAUUGAUCCACGACUAGCAACCGACAAGUGGAUUGAAAAUGCUUUCAAAAUGAUUAUUUUUAAAUUGGCAUGGCUGGAGAAUUCAUUUGAAGCAUUUAAGAAGUUUGAGCUGCUUUCACCUGAAAAUCUUCUGCUUCAAAUGAAGUACAGAUACGAACGAGAAAUUGAUCGAUGUGAAAGAUCAGCAAUUAAGAAGAUUGUUGAACAUGACGACGUGCCAUGUCGACGAAUGGUCUUGAAAGUCUUUGACAUCUUCCCAAACCCAACUGGAUAUGAAUUGAUGUUAAGUGAUGGUUGGUAUUUGAUUAAAGCGUCAACCGAUGCAGCUCUUGUCGAUGUUAUUGAUCGAGGAAAGAUUAAAAUUGGAACAAAGUUGAUAACAUCAUGUGCUGAACUAAUUGGAUGUGACGAAUGCGAUCCUUUGGAUCUUCCGGCUCAUGUUCGAUUAAAGAUUCAUGCAAACUCAACACGAAGAACGUCUUGGGAUACUAGAAUGGGAUUUUGUGAAACGCCUACGCCAAUUUGUGUCCCUUUGGAUUCAAUUCUUCCUACUGGUGGUGUCAUUGGAAGGAUUAAAGUCGUCAUUGUUCAUGUUUAUCCGAUUGUCUUCGUUGAUUCAUCAGAAGAGAAGAAAAUUUAUCGAUCAGAAAGGCAACAAAAUCGUGUGCAGAAUAAAAUCGAAAUGAAUGAUUUUGCAACCUACGAACGAGCAGCUCAUGAAGUUCAGAAGGAGUUGGCGAGUGAAUUGAAUGAAAGAAUUCAAGAAUUGCAAAGUUCGAAAUAUAAAUUUGAAGAUCUUUCACCAGAAGCAAUUUGUGACUUGUUGGAAUUUAAUGACAAUAAUGAUGAUGAUGAUAAUGAUGAUAAAUCGUCAUUGAAGAGUUUCAUGACUAAAGAAAUGCUGAGAAAAGUUCAAAAGAUUCGCGAUGAGAGAAGAAUCAAAUUCACUGAUAGAAUUCGCGAGAAAAUUAAAGAAAAUGGAAAGAAAAUUUCACAUUUGUUGAGAUUUCGUGUUGUUGAUGCAUCGAAUCCUAAGAAAACUGGCAUUGUCAGUUGGUGGUCACCGACUGAGGAUUUUCUCGAGACAGUCAAAGAAGGAAAAAUUGUGGAAAUUCUCAACACAACUGCGGGCGUCAUUAAUGACAAAGAAAUUCAUGUCACAGCUGGAAAGUCGAGUUGCUUGAAAGUUUUGACUUCAAACUUGAUGUCAAUCGAUCGUUUUAGCAAAUAUUUCAAAACGGAGACGAACAUUGGUGACAUAACUUGUGACUUUACCCCACCAAAUGAUGAAUUCGAUGCCGCUUUCUUUGUCAUUCAAUUCGAAACAAAUCAAGAGAAAAAUUUGGAAAAAGUUUACGUUGCUGAUGAGCAUGAAAACAUGUUAUGCAUAAAUUUCUGGUCGAGCAUUAAAGACUAUGCUUUUGAAGAUGUUAUCGUCGAAGGUCAUGCAAUCUUUGCGAGAAACCUUCAAUGGCGUCAAUCGCAUGCACAUGAAGUUAUCCCACAGGCGUUCGUUAACAAUGAAACGACAAUUUUCAUCACAAAUCCACAGAAAGAAUGUCAGCGUAGUCGAUUGAAACAAUUGACAAAUGCAGGGGGAAAUCUCGCUGAAUUCAUGAUCAAGUGCAUCAAUAAAAUUGCUGACAUUGAAUCAACGAGCAAGUCAAUUGAUAAGGAAAAUAAAACCAGAAUGAAACAAUUCAAAGUUGUUUCGAAAGAGAAGCCAACAAUUCCUAAGCCAGAUUUUUCAAGAAUUUUCCCCGUGAACCUCCCAACAAAAGUCAAAUCAACACAAAAGAAAGAAAAUUCCAGCAUCGAUAAAGGAUCGGGAAGAAAACAACUUGGAAUGAGUCGAAGUGUUGUUAAGUCGAUGGCUUUGAGAUCAUCAGCGACGUCUGGUAAAAAGCCGACCACGAUGAAGCGACCUUUAUUCAAAUAAAACUUUGUUAAGAGUUAAUAAAAUAUUUUCUCAACUACAGUAAAAUAAUUU